GCUUUACCGUGUUAUAGCUGAGUUCGUGUUAUAUUGGGUCUCAUUAUAUUGGGGUAGAAGUGUAUCUGCACAAUGUGCAAGCUAUUUCCCUGUCACAUAAUUUUUUAAGUUCUUAAAGUAUUUUGCCUUUUGUCCACGUAGCAUCGUCAAAUAUAGUAAAAUACUUGCACUAAUGAAAGAGGUCUUAUGGGAAAAUCUUAAGACUAUAGAUAAUCAGAAUGUAAAUAAUGUACAUUUUCAAAGAAAUUACAGAGACUUGCUUUACCUAGACGUCUCAAGACUGCUAGCUACUAUACUUGUAAACUUUCUUCUCUAGGUGAUCUGUGUUGGAUUUGUCACUGCAUUUUGCAGAAUUCUUAAUUACUGCUACCAAGUACAGUUCUAUGAGGCCAUUAGACAAGUGCAAGUAAAAUGUUUUGGUGCACUAUGGCUGUUGCGUAUCAAAACUUGGAAUGUUUGUGAUCUCCCCUUAAGUACCAAAUUUAUAAUGUCAUCCCAGUUAUACUCACUGACAUUCCAAUUUUAUCUCCACUGCACUUGUGUGUUUCUACACCGGCAAUAGAGCAAGGAACUCUGGCACAGCAAGGUGCGGCUAGAAGCAAACUCUGAGUGUACUGCACAGAGCUGAAAGGACCAAAUGCUGAACAAUGCUCAGAACUUCAUUACUUGUCCACACAGAGGAGAUUGCAUAGGAUGAUAAAGUACAAAGAGCAGAUUUAAUAAAAAGGUGUCAUCUUGUGCUUUUUUAACAUAGCAACCUAUGCCACAAUUUCUUAGCCUCACACAGGUUAAACAAUAGGAUUGACAAGGCUUAAACCUAACAAACCCUGUGUUUUAGUCCUAAAAAAAGAAUACAUUCCCUCAUCAGCAUCCCCUAAAAUCUUUGAGUAAGCAUCAGAACCCGCUAAGAACCACUCCAUCCAUCCUAGCAAGGCACUAUAAAAAAAAAAAAGUCUCUACAAGACCGUUAGUCUUUUGUACCUCAUAAAAAGAAAGCAGGCCAAUUUUACCAAAAUUCAACCAGUUUGAAAUAGAAGUAAAUGCUGAUUCUGCCCAGAGAAGAGCUACAAAGUAUGAAGAUAUUCAGAUUAGUCAUUUGGAAACAUAUGACUACUUAUAAUGAAUCAUUAAUUUUUAACUCUAAAAAGAAAGAGAAUGUCUUCAAUAAUUACAUGAGAACCAUCUAUAAUUUCAAUAAUUUGUUCAAAAUUCAGUAAUGAUCUCAAUGAUUAGCUAGAUGACAAGCUUUUCCCAUAAAAAAGUUAAAAUUAGCUUAUGGCAGCUACACCCAUGAACACUAAAAUCACAUUACAAUGCCCUUAUAAUCAACCUUCAAAAAGGAAAGAGUACCAUCCACAGCAGAUUCAAUUUAGGGUUAGAUAGUUAUGUGAAUAGGUUAAGUAAAGAUGUGCAAUUUAUACUAGUUAGGAUAAGCAUUUGAGGAGAUAUAAAACCUCAUGCUUGAUAUUAGUCUUCCCAAAGGUGCAAUUACCAACAUUACAAUUAAUGGCAUAUUUUAAACUUUCCUCUGAAGUCUCUGAUGCUAGCUGCUGUCAGACAGUCAGGAAUCCAAGAAUCCAGCACCAUUUCUUAAAAUAUAGUGUUUGAACUAUUAAUUCUGAAGAAAGAAAACUGUAUUAGAUGCGCUGAUUGAUAUGUAUCUACUUAUAUUCAAUCUACUUUGUUAUUAUGAGAGUUAGCAUUAGUUCAAAUGAGAAAGCAUUCAACUAGUUUCUAAUGAAUCAGUGUUUCAUCAAACUGACACAGAUACAUAUAAUCUUUAUAGUGCUUGAAGUUUUAGCUUGUUUCCCUUCAUGUCACAAAUGCAGUUAUGGUUUUGUGGUCUAUAAUUAAGAAACCAAGACAAAAGUUUCUUUGUAUUCAAACACUUAAAAAUAUGGCUGGAUUCAGACAGCAUUGCCCUACAUUUUUAGGAUCAAGUUGAUACUAAUAGUCCAAAGAUAGUUUAGUCAACAAGCAUUUGCAGUAACCAGUGAUUUGUAGGUGUUUCAGAAUGCUUGUGUCUUAAAAAUAAAACAUUUUUAAAAGAGGAGUUAAGCUGGUGUUUUCUUCAUGUGUUUUCACAUUAAGCAUUGUGCAUGUUUAUCAGUAACAGGGCAUUAGGAUACAGUAAGCAUGAAAGCUUCCAAGAACCCCACACUCCUAGUUAUUCCUUCAAAAAGGAUAAGACAUUCAUCUUAACAGAGAUAAACUUAAUUGGUCUUAAAGUAUUCACCUUCUCUUCCUUUAGUCGGCACAGUUUUGUAUUGAUCACAUGUAUUGGUCACAAUUUACUUGCUAAAAAUGUGAUCUGUAGUAACAGAUCAUAAAUGGCUAGAAGCGAUUAAAAAUGGUGAAAAACAGAACUGGUGACAGUACAAGGUUUCUUCUUGCAAAAGAGAAAGUGUGAAAGACGUGAGGCAAGAGAAUACUUCCAAAAUGAGGCAAUAGAGAUUGGGGAAAACGCAGAAAGCAUACAUCAUGGUGUUCAUGUUCAAUAAGUGAUCUGUUUUUAUCUCCUAUUUGCUUCACUUUCUCAAAACAGUUCAUUUGUUAAUUUUUAGUAAAAUGUAAGUCGGUGAAAGUAUUCCUAUUUUUUUUCUUACUGUUGCAAACCCCCUUUUUAGAGGAUUUUUUAGUGAUUAUUGGCACCCGUUACAAGCAUUCUGGAGAAGUGACAGACACAUUAAUGAAUUUAAAGACAGAUACACUAACAAGUUGGUUAAUACAUUGAAACUUUUACAUUUUCUAGUUGUGUAUAUAUGUUAUAAGAACACAUCACCACAGAGCUACAUCAAGUUUACAAGUUUUAGAUCAAAUUUCAGUUGGUUUACAAACUCCUUACUGAAUUCAGCAAUUGUUUGGCUAAAUUGACUUCUGAUAAUUGUAUAUAAUCAAGUGAAACAUGUGUGGUGGAAAGAUGAAAAGUCAUUCAGAAAAAUCAUUUGACACGAGAUUUGAUUCUAAAUCUUAAUUUAAUACUUAAGAUAUUUGCAGUAUGUUUUGAUGCUUCUGAAACCUCUGUCACAUCAUUAAUUGCUGGAUGAUGGCUAUGGAGUUUGUUCACAGACUUGCCAGCCCUCAGCUAAAGGGAGGUGCUUUUUUAUUCGAAGGCCCCCUCGUUCUGGAGAUGGAUUUGGGUAAUUGUUCAAUUAUUUAAAAUCUCGCUUUUCAAAGGCCUGCCUUUCAAAGUAUCAGAGAUGACUGCAGAGGAAGCUUGAUACUUGGAUCAGAGGACUAGCCACACAUGGUGUAUGUUCUAACUUUAGCAGCUGCUGGUUGGGCAUCAUGUGCCAGCACCAGUCACUCUCUGAGAAGUAAUCAGAGCCAAGGGCCCCUGCCCGUGGGAUCGGCAUAAUUUGCCCGAAGCCCUCCCCCCAUAUCCGGAAAAAAACAGUUCAGUUGUAGCCCCUUAUGAGGCACGUGGGGCCCUUCGUGCUCAGCCUGACCCCUCGGGGCAGCCCCCCCGAGCCGUGUCCGGGUGACGCCUAGCUCGCUGCCCCCCCCACGGUCCGUGCUGCGUCUGCGAGACCCAUUCGCCCCGCCCCCCAACGAUCCCAGAAGGGGACGCCACAGCUGCAGCCCUCGCCUGCUUCCCGCCCAAAAACCCGAGACCCCAACCACAGCAAAGCAACGAUACGCGACAUUACCACCAUAGGGCGGCUCCCGCUUUGACGCCGAGAGGCACGAAGGGGCGGUCCUCCCAGAGCUCCCAUGCGAUUGGACGGCAGAGCGGUCAGCGGCUGAAAACUGAUUGGCUGAUUCUUCCUCUGGAAUCCCCCUGACGAGAAAGUGUGUCGCGUCAGCGCCCCCUAAGGGUAGCUGGGCAGCGCUGCACCCCCCUUCACCUCAAGCCGGGGCAGGGCCUGUCGGGUCUCGCCGCAGAUUAUGUCAGUGCUGAGGCGAAGGGGGCGGGCGGACGGAGAAGAGGCUCGAAAAUAGCCCCAUGCUCACAGCGGCGGGGCUGAGCCGUGGGACAGGCGCGGCAGCAGUUACUACGGGCACCGCCUCAGCAGCCCGAGGGGAGCUCCCAGGCGCUCUGCAUGGGAUGAGGAGGGGGCCAGCCAUGGCCAGUCGCGGCAGCUGCCCCGAGGAGGAGGAAGAGAAGCGGGAGGAAGCCGUCCUGAGGAAGCUGAUCGUUCGCCUCACGAACGUGCAGGAGGGGAAGCAGCUGGCGAGCUUGCUGCAGACGCUGGAGGACCUGCUGGCCUUGGCCCACCGGCCCCGCGCGCCCAGGCUGUUCGGCGGCCGCAACGUCCACGUGCCCUUGUUGCUGGUGUUGGACUCCUACCUGCGAGUGGCCGCGGUGCAGCAGGUGGGUUGGUUGCUUCUUUGUAAAUUAAUAGAAGUGUGUCCAGCCACUCUUUGUAACAUAACUCCUCAGGAUGUUGGAAAGGAUUGGGAAGUACUUGGUGUUCAUCAGCAUAUCCUUAAAAUGCUUGCUAUCCACAACGCAAACAGAAACCUCUUGAUAAUAGGACUCAAGGCACUAAAUCAACUACUCUCUUCAGAUAUAAUUACAAUUAUGCUCUUGGAUGAAGAGACAGAUGUAUUUUUGUUGGUGUUUGAUGCUAUGCAAACCUUCCCAAACAAUGAAGAAAUCCAGCAAUAUGGUUGUAAAACUUUGCACAUGCUUUUUAAGAAAGUUCCAGAAGAGCAGCUGAUUGAAUUUGUUGAAAGCAAAGAUCACAUGAUUAUACUGAAUGUGUUAAAACAGUUUCAGGAAAAAGAAGAUGUUGUACUUCCAGCACUUUAUUCCUUACAUUCAUUAGCUGGUCCAUCCAGCAAUGUUGAAGUGCUCAUGUCUGGAAAUGUUAGAUGUUACAAUGUCAUAGUGGAAAUGAUGAAAACAUUCCCUAACAGUGAACCAAUUCAGGAAGUGAGUUGCUGUUUGUUGCACAAGCUUACACUGGGAAAUUUUUUCAACAUCCUGGUAUUAAAUGAGGUACACGAAGUCAUUGUGAAGGCUGUUAUAAGAUACUCUGCAAAUGCAAAGUUACAAGCUGCAGCACUCGGUUGUUUAGCUCUCCUCACGGAAACAAUAUUUUUAAACCAAGACUUCGAGGAAAGAAAAGAAGAGGAAGAGGGAGAAAAAUUAUAUUGGCUGGAAGCAUGCUAUAAAGCAUUAAAAUUGCACCGAAAAAACACAGAUGUACAGGAGGCUGCUUGUUGGGCUUUGAACAAUCUGUUUAUGUAUCAAUGCAACCUUCAUGAGAAAAUUGGAGAUGAAGAUAAACAGUAUCCCCUACACAGAGAAGUGAUGCUAGCCAUGCUGAUGCAUUCCACAGCAAAAGAAGUGUUUCAGGCAGCUGCUAAUGCCUUGGCAACUUUAUCAGAACAAAAUGUAAAUAUUAGAAAGAUUCUUUUGGCAAAAGGAAUACAUAUUAAUGUAUUGGACAUAAUGAAGAAACAUUCAGAGUCCCCUGAAGUGGCUGAAAGUGCCUGCAAAAUGCUGAAUCGUGUUUUUGAGGGAAGUUUCCCCUAUCUGGACAUAGUGAUAAUAGUUGCAUCAGAAGUCAUAAAGGCUAUGAGGAAACAUGAAAAGGUGCCAUCUGUACAGCUGGAGGCCCUUCGAGUCAUUUUACCUUUUAUGAUCCCUGGUGCCGUGAAAGAACGGCAAAAUGGUUCUUCAGGAGCAGUGGGAGAUGCUGACUUGAUGCUUACCUUAAAAGUAAUUAAAAACCAGUGUUUGUUGGAGGGGACUCACACACUAGUGCUUGAUGCUUUGAACAGGUUUAUUGGAAAUCCUGGCAUUCAGAAAUGUGGAUUAAAAAUACUUUCUUCUGUAGUGGAGUGUUCAGGUGCACUACAAAUGUUAUCCCAGCAAGGAGCCACAGACACUGUCCUUCACACACUACAGAUGUAUCCAGAUGAUCAAGAAAUACAGUGCUUAGGUUUGAGUCUUCUAGGAUCUUUGAUUACAAGAAAGAGUUUGUGUAUCGCAUCUAUGCAUGUGCUGGCAACAGUUCUGGUUUCUUCUUUACGGCGAUUUAAGGAGGUCGUUGAAAUACAGACACACGGAUUUCACAUGAUCCUGACAAUCCUUGACUUGUCCCCUUGUUUUGCAAAGCUGCUGAUAUAUGAAUCAUUUGACACAGUCAUUUUUUAUCAAAUGUCCAUGUGUUUCACUGAACAAAGAGAUGAGCAGUUUCAAAGCUUUUGCUGUAAAUGCUUUGCUAAAAUAGCCAACAAUGAUGAUUUAAAAAACAUGAUGUUGGAGAAAGCAUGUGCUGAGUACAAUAGCAUUAUGGCUGAAUGUUUACUUUUAUUGGGAGCUGAUGUUAAUAAGAACACAAAGACAAGCUCUUUAAUCUAUCAGGUUUGUGAGAAAGGAAGCAAUCCUAAGCUGGUGGAACUGCUAUUAACUAGUGGUGCUCGAGAGCAGGAUGUUCGGAGUGCUUUAACAGUCAGCAUAAAGAAAGGAGAUAGCCAAAUCAUCAGCUUGCUCUUAAGGAAGCUUAGCCUGGAUGUAGCCAACAGCAGUAUAUGUCUUGGAGGAUUUUGUAUGGGGAGAAUUGAACCUUCCUGGCUCAGCCCUUUGUUCCAAGAUAAACUUACUCCUAUAAGACAAAAAACAAGUGCAGGUUCUGCAUUGGCAAGAAUGGUGCUCAGAUACCAAAUGAAGAGUUUUUCAGAAGACAGAUCAAGAUCCAGUUCUGAUGUAACUUCCUCUGAAGAUAUACUGGAUAAAAGUGAUGAUUGUACAUGCAUGGCUGAGCCAUUAGUAGACAGCGUGUUUCGCUUCAGUGAUGACACCAAUAGUGAAGCUCUAUGUCCUCACUUUGUAAUAGGGAGUGAAAGUUCAUUUCUGAUGAAAAAGAAAUCCAGCUCCAUUGCUGUUACUGAUCUGUACAAAGAUACACCCUUACAAAGAUAUUCUCCUACUUUGCAAAGGCAUUCCAAUUCUCUGGGACCCGGUUCAGAUCAUGAACCAUUAGUGAAGCAAAGAAGAAGAUUAUUGUCUUCAGAUGAAUUUCACAAAGGGAUCUCAAAAUUCCAGUCGCAUUUAAGACGAUCAGACAGUUUGUCUUCAUUGCUCUCUGAGAAAGAAUAUAUUAAAUCAUUAGAUCUUUCAUCAAAUGAGCUGGAGAAUAUAGAUGCCAUCAGUCAGAACUGCUGUUUAACUGGUCACUUGGAACGUCUUGAGAAAUUGGAGCUGCACCAAAAUGCACUCACAAGCAUUCCAGAACAACUGUGUGAAACUUUGAAAUGUUUGACUUACCUGGAUUUGCACAGUAACCGGUUUGCAUCGUUUCCUACUUAUUUACUGAAAAUGAAUUUUAUUGCAAACCUUGAUAUCUCUCGGAAUGACAUUGGCCUUUCCUUAGCUUUGGAUCCACAUACCAAAUGCCCAACUCUGAAGCAACUUAAUCUAUCAUACAAUCAACUGUCAUGCAUUCCUAAAUUUCUUGCAGAUGUUGCAGAAAACCUAGAACAGCUAAUGCUAGAAGGAAACAAAAUUGCAGGUAUAUGUUCACCCAUAUGCUUGAAGGAACUGAAAGUUUUAAACAUUAGUAAGAACAAUAUUUCAUCCCUGGCUGUUGAUUUUCUCAAGGAGUGCACAAAAUUGGAGAUAUUUAGUGCCAAGAUGAAUUUACUUGAUACCAUACCUAACUUGCCAUCUGGCAUAACAAAUUUAAAAUUAUCUCAAAAUCAUUUUGUCAGUAUUCCAGAAGCAAUUCUUCUUCUUCCACAUUUGCGAUCAGUAGAUUUAAGCAACAAUAAAAUCAUAAACCUGCCUGGACCUAUGCACUGGAAAUCCUUAAACUUAAGGGAGCUCUUGUUUAACUACAAUCAGAUAGACGUUUUGGACUUGAAUGAAAAAGCAUAUGCAUGGUCUAGGCUAGAAAAGCUACAUCUGUCCCAUAACAAGUUAAAGGAGAUUCCUCCUCAGAUUGGCUUCCUUGAAAACUUGACAUCUCUGGAUGUAAGUUAUAAUUCUGGCUUGAGAUCCUUUCCAGAUGAAAUGGGAAAGUUGUCCAAAAUCUGGGAUCUUCCUUUGGAUGGGCUUCAUCUUAAUUUAGAUUUCAAACAUGUUGGAUGCAAAGCCAGAGACAUUAUAAGGUUUCUUCAGCAGCGGCUAAAGAAGGCUGUCCCUUAUAAUAGAAUGAAACUCAUGAUUGUGGGAAAUACUGGCAGUGGUAAAACUACACUGUUACAACAACUAAUGAAAUGCAAGCGAUCAGAUUUGGGGACGCAGAAUCCUACAAUAGGCAUAGAUGUAAAGGACUGGUCAGUUCCAGUGAAAGGCAAAGUGAAGAAAGAUAUGAUAUUAAAUGUCUGGGAUUUUGCAGGACAAGAGGAGUUCUACAGCACUCAUCCACAUUUUAUGACUCAGAGAGCCUUGUAUCUUGCUGUUUAUGAUCUCAGCAAAGGACCAGCAGAAGUGGAUGCUAUGAAGCCAUGGCUGUUUAAUAUCAAGGCUCGAGCUUCCUCAUCCCCCGUGAUUCUUGUUGGCACUCAUUUAGAUGCCUCUAGUGAGAAGCAACGUAAGGCCUGUCUGAGUAAAAUUACCAAAGAGCUGUUGAAUAAGAGGGGUUUCCCAGCAAUCCAAGAUUAUCAUUUUGUAAAUGCCACAGAAGAAUCUGAUGCUAUGAUGAAAAUUCGGAAAACCAUAAUAAAGGAGAGUCUGAAUUUCAAGAUCAGAGACCAGCCAGUAGUAGGACAGCUAAUCCCAGACAGCUAUCUGGAACUUGAGAAGAUAAUUUUAUUUGAGCGUGAAAAUGUUCCAACUGAAUUUCCUGUGAUUGACCAUAAGCGAUUAUUAUUACUGGUGCAAGAAAAUCAGUUACAGCUGGAUGAAAAUGAACUUCCGCAUGCAGUUCACUUUCUGAAUGAAUCAGGCGUACUGCUACAUUUUCAAGACCCAGCACUUCAGCUAACAGAUCUGUAUUUUGUGGACCCUAAAUGGCUGUGUAAAAUCAUGGCACAGAUUUUGACAGUGAAGGUGGAAGGCUUUUCUAAAUACCCCAAAGGAAUUAUAAUGCGUUCAGAUGUGGAAAAAUUCCUUUUAAAGACGAGCAGAUUCCCUAAGAUCUACAUGUCACAGUACUUUAAGCUUCUGGAAAAGUUCCAAAUUGCAUUGCCAUUAGGAGAAGAUCAACUACUUGUUCCAAGCAGUUUGUCUGAUCACAGACCUGUGAUAGAGCUUCCCCACUGUGAAAACUCAGAAAUCAUCGUUCGGCUGUAUGAGAUGCCGUACUUUCCCAUGGGAUUCUGGUCCAGACUGAUCAACAGGUUGCUUGAAGUGUCGUCUUACAUGCUCUCAGGAAGAGAACGAGCUCUUCGUCCUAAUAGAAUGUAUUGGAGACAAGGCAUUUACCUGAACUGGUCUCCUGAAGCUUACUGUCUAGUGGAAUCAGCAGUAUUUGAUAGCAAUCCAGACAGUUUUUUGAAAAUUACAGCUCCUUCUUGCAGAAAAGGUUGUGUCCUUUUGGGGCAAGUUGUGGAUCACAUUGAUUCUCUUGUGGAAGAAUGGUUUCCAGGUUUACUGGAUAUAGAUGUAUGUGGAGAAGGGGAAACACUGUUGAAGAAAUGGGCUUUGUGUAGCUUUGAGGAUGGCAAAGAACACCAAAAAAUAUUACUUGAUGAUUUACUUAAAAAAGCUGAAGAAGGUGAUCUCUUAGUAAAUCCAGAUCAACCAAGUUUUACCAUUCCAAUAGCCCAGAUUGCUCCUGACCUGAUAUUGGCUGAUUUGCCUAGAAAUAUCAUGUUGAACAAUGAUGAAUUGGAGUUUGACCAGGCGCCUGAAUUUCUGUUGGGUGACGGUGGGUUUGGAUCUGUGUACCGCGCAUCAUAUGGUGGAGAAGAAGUAGCUGUAAAGAUUUUUAAUAAACAUACUUCCCUCAGACUCUUACGACAAGAGCUUGCAGUGCUUUGUCAUCUCCAUCACCCUAGCUUAGUGUCUUUGCUGGCUGCUGCAAUCCGUCCCCGGAUGUUGGUAAUGGAAUUAGCCCCUAAGGGUUCUCUGGAUCGUUUGCUUCAGCAAGAUAGUUCAAGCUUAACUAAAACACUUCAGCACAGGAUAGCUUUACAUGUAGCAGAUGGCUUAAGGUAUCUGCAUUCCUCAAUGAUUAUUUAUCGUGAUUUAAAGCCUCAUAAUGUGCUGCUCUUUACAUUAUAUCCCAAUUCAGCAGUCAUUGCAAAGAUUGCUGAUUAUGGCAUUGCUCAAUAUUGCUGCAGAAUGGGGAUAAAAACUUCAGAAGGCACACCAGGAUUUCGAGCACCAGAGGUUGCCAGAGGAAAUGUUAUUUACAAUCAGCAAGCUGAUGUGUAUUCAUUUGGCUUGCUUCUUUAUGACAUUUUAACAGCAGGAGGUAGAAUAAUAGAAGGCAUGAAGUUUCCAAAUGAAUUUGAUGAAUUAGCAAUUAGUGGAAAAUUACCAGAUCCUGUCAAAGAAUACGGGUGUGCCCCCUGGCCUGAAGUUGAAAGUUUAAUCAGCAAGUGUUUGAAAGAAAACCCGCAGGAAAGACCUACAUCUGACCAGGUUUAUGAUAUUUUGAACUCAGCAAAGCUUAUCUGUUUGAUGAGACAUAUUUCAAUACGCAGUGCCUUUACAGCAGAGUGCAUGGUUGCUUCUAAUCAAAGCUGCAAGAAGGCAGGGGUCUGGAUAGGUAAUGGAAAUACAAAAAAAGGCCAGGUUUCGUUUAUUGACUUAAAUACAGACGACCAUACUUGUGAGGACAUCACAGAUGGAAGAAUCUUGUGUUUGGCUUUAGUGACUCUUCCUACAGAGAGAGAAAACUGGGUUGUGGCAGGAACACAGUCUGGUUCCCUGUGGACAUUUAAUACAGAAGAUGGAAAAAACAAACACCAUCUUCAGAAAAUGUCAGAUUCUGUUACCUGUUUAUACUGCAACUUUUUUUCAAAGCAAAGCAAACAGAAGAAUUUUUUUCUGGUGGGAACAGCUGAUGGCAAAGUAGCAGUUUUUGAAGACCAAGCAGUAAAGUGCAAGGGUGCAGCACCUUUGAAGAUAUUAACUAUAGGGAAUGUCAGUACACCGCUUAUGUGCUUAAGUGACUCCACAUAUGCAUCUGAAAAAAAUAUAGUCUGGGGAAGCUGUGGAACAAAGAUCAUAUCAUUAUAUGGUGAUAUAUCUAUUCAAAAACUGAUUGAGACAAAGACAAGUCAGCUAUUCUGUCACAAGGCUUACAGUGAUGCAAACAUUAUUUCAAUAGCAGUGGACAAAUCUAUCUACUUGGCUAAGAAAAACAGCCAUUUUGUGGAAGUUUGGGAUAAGAAAACAGAGAAACUUUGUGAACUAAUUGACUGUGCACAUUUUCUAAAGGAGGAAGUGGUGAAAUUAGAUAAAGAAUCAAAACAUACAGUGGCUUAUUUUGGAAGAGUGAAGACCAUCUGUCUACAAAAAAAUACUGCCCUCUGGAUAGGAACAGGGGGAGGACAUAUCCUGCUGCUUGAUUUAACAACACGUCGUCCUAUACGAAUAAUACACGAUUUUUGUGAUUCUGUUCAAGUCAUGCUGCCAGCCCAGCUCGGGAGCCUCAAGAAUGUCAUGCUGGUUUUGGGGUACUGCUAUAAAUGUAAUGAAGACAACAAACAUCAGAAAGAACUGCAGUCAUGUAUGUCUGUGUGGGACAUUAAGCUGCCCCAUGAAGUACAGAACCUGAAAAAGCACAUUGAAGUGAGACAGGAAUUAGCAGAAAAAAUGAGAAAUUUUUCUUUGGAUUAAGGAACCCUAGACGAGUGGAGAGACACCUUGUUUCCCAGUUUUCCAUUGGUUUAAACUUUUACUUUAUUUACAUUACUUUUUUGUUUAAGAAACAAAGGGAAGUGACUGUCAUCCCUCAAAAUCAUGAAAUAUCAGAAGAAAUAAGGAAUACUUUUAUUUAUAAUAUUUUUAUUUUUAUAAUAUUUUGAAGGAGUCAAAACUAUUCAUUCAAUCUGCUUUCAGCAACAUUGAUAUAAAUCCAAAGUAUCUUCAUUGGUAUGUUUCUGAUUUUGGUUACACCAGCAUAAAUCUAGAGUGACUCCAGAGGAUUAGAUUCUUCUCCUAGUUACAACCAUCUAUAUGCAGAGUAACUUCAUUAAGUUGACAGUGUAAAUGAGAGCAAAGUUUAGGCCUCAGUAUAUAUUCUGCUACCUGCAUAUGUGAAGUGUACUGAUGGUUAAUGUUGUUAAACUCGUAUUUAAUAAUUUUGAUUGAAUGUAUACAGCCUAGUUUACAAAGCGCAGGCUGACUAGGUCAGGCUUUUUUCUUUCCUAUGUACAUUAGAGUUCGACAGUUUUCAGUCUGUUCAUAAAAGGCUGUGCACUGCAACAGCAAAGACAAAAUUCAGAAUGAAAGUGUCUUUGAAGAUAGUGCCUCUUUUUGACUGAGUGUAUGCCUGGCACUGGGCAAUGCAAUCUCAUUCACAGAAACACUAUUGUUUCAUAACAUAUUAACACAUGUAAUUCUACAAACUCCCUUUGCAUGGUCGGGAGAAUGCAGGGUAAAAUUCUUGUUAUGAAUAUAGCUGUGCACAGAAUGUGGUAUGACAUGGUUCUUCCCAGGUAGCCAUCCAAUGUGCUAUAAAGUGCCUAUGGAGUAUUCAUGCAAUAGAAUUGUCCAGUUUGCUGAUCUCAGUCUGAAAGAAUGAAAACUAUACUAUUCAUAUUUACCAUGUGUGCAAAGUUUACUGCCUAGCUUUGCUAGGAGCACCUUAUAUUGAUAUUUUUGUAGUAUGUAGUGGAGCCUGCAGGCAUCUGAGAUGGGCUAAUUUUUGCCUUGUGUAACCCCAUGGUAAAACUGCUCAUACACACACCUACCUUUAUUCUGGAGAUAUCAUUUCAUUGCUCUAUAUCCAUUAACCCAAUUGUCUGACACCAUGACUCAGUGCCUUACUUUGUCCUUCAUACCACAGACAGACAUUUUUCUCGAGCCCUAAGACCAAGAGCAUCUUCACCAUAACAAGCCUGCAAUGCCAGGGAGCAAAAACCCCAAAGUCAUUCUGAAAUUUUGUCUCCUGCCAAGCAGAGCAAAGUGUUCCCACGAAACAAGUCCCCCUCCCUCCAAUCUUUUACAGUUAUAAAUAAUUCCUAAACUAGGAUAACAGAAAGCAUAGAACCUUCUCAAAAUGAAUCCGUAUUUGGCUAUUUGGAAUCUUUUCGUAUCUGCACUGUUUAUAAUGUGUUUGUGUUGUAUAAUGUGCUGUGAAUAAUGCUAUUUAUAUGGGAUUUUAUUACUCAGAAAUGCAUUAUUUUUAUCAUAAAGAAAUAAACUUAAAUAUCUGAUAUUUCA